CCCGUUCGUUUCUAGUUUAGUGCAAAUCCUAUCAACCAAACACAAUCCCAUUCUCUUAGUCUAGUCCAAUCCACUCCAGUCUUUAGUUUCCCAAUCCAAACCAUAGCAAAUGGCAACAGCGUUCUGUAGUCUCAACAUGUUGGGGUCUGGUCUCUCACAACUAAAUGAGUACAACCUUAAGAAGAAGCACGCAAUCUUCACAAGGUCUUGUUUACACUCGAGAAGAUUGUUUGGUUCGUCUCUUAAUGCCGAAAAGGUUUCCCCCGGAACUAAUAGAAGAGUAGAGGUCAAGCAUUGCCCACAGGCAUUUCCUUCUAAUUCGAAGGAUAAAGAAGAAGAGAAUAUUUCGAAGGCAACCUUGAUAUGGAGGGCAAUAAAGUUGCCUAUAUACUUUGUUGCAUUUAUCCCUCUCACUGUAGGUAGUGCAGCUGCUUAUUUCGAGACGGGCAUUUUUUCAUGGUGGCGUUAUUCUCUUCUUUCGAUUUCUUCUGUUCUUAUCAUCACAUGGCUCAACUUAAGCAAUGAUGUUUAUGAUUUUGAUACAGGAGCAGAUAAAAACAAGUUAGAAUCAGUUGUAAAUCUGGUUGGCAGCCGUACAGGCACAAUUGUUGCUGCCUACGCGCUGCUUGUGCUUGGCUUCAUGGGGCUUGCUUGGGUAUCUUUUGAGGCAGGAAAUAUGCGUGCAAUAUUAUUACUCGCUUGUGCAAUAAUUUUUGGUUAUAUAUAUCAGUGCCCACCAUUUCGGUUAAGUUACCAAGGGUUGGGGGAGCCAUUGUGCUUUUCAGCAUUUGGUCCAUUCGCCACUACAGCUUUUUAUUUACUGCAGGGCAGUGGAAGUCAAAUGAUGCAUCUUCCUUUCACUGGUUCAAUUCUUUCCGCAUCACUACUUGUUGGCAUUACGACAACCUUAAUUCUGUUCUGUAGUCACUUUCAUCAGAUUGAAGAAGACAGGGCGGUAGCAAAAAUGUCCCCUCUGGUUAGGCUUGGCAGCAAAAGAGGAUCAGGGGUAGUUCAAUUAGCAAUUGCAGGACUCUAUGUUCUAGCUUUUGCUUUUGGUAUAAGCAGGGCUCUUCCCAUAACUUGUAUUUUUUUCUGUGCCUUCACCUUACCAGUGGCAAGACUGGUGGUUAGCUAUGUGCAAGAAAACCAUAAUGAUAAACACAAGAUAUUCAUGGCAAAGUAUUUCUGUGUGAGAUUGCAUUCUUUAUUUGGAGUUGCGUUGGCUGCUGGACUUGUGGUAGCGAGAACGGGCCCUAAACCUAGUAUUCCAAGGUUGGCAUUUUCAUAGUUUUCUACCUCACGGAAUUUCUGGACAACUGAAUGUGCUAAAUCGAUUUUGGUUGUAGUAUGUGUACAUAUUAGUUAUCCAAGUUCUUACUGCAGUCUAAUGUUUUCUUAGUUUAUUUGUAUAUAUUCUCAGUUACAUAAUUACCGCUAGAAUUCUUAUACUGGUAGAAUUGUAUAAUAUGAUUAAUAUCAAUUCUUUUGUUGUUUGAAAUAUAC